AUGACAAAUAUUGCAGAAACAGUUUUUAAAAAAUUUGAAAAAGAAAUAUUAACAGAAGAAGAAGAUACAGAAUUGCCUAAUCUUACCAAAGAUCUUUAUUUCAACAAACUAGAUUUAAAUUUAAAUGUUUCAAAUUUUAUUGAUCUUUAUUCUUCAGUUUUUAUAAAUUCUGAAAGUUGUUAUGAAAAUCAAGAGUCUAAUGAAAUUAA